AAAAUAGAGAUGAAAAGGCCACCAACUACUUCAACUCCUAUGACCAUAAAUACGCAUGUCUCUUUGAAGGGUUUCUCAUCCCUCACAAAGAAACUUAGAAGAAUUCAAGUUAGCAGCAGCCUUAUAACAAUGAAAAGUGCUUAUUUCCUCGUAGCUUUUGCUCUCUUGGCUUUUGCUUCUUCCUUUGUCUCUGCAUAUGACCCCAGCCCUCUCCAGGACUUUUGUGUAGCCAUCAAUGACACCAAGAAUGGUGUGUUUGUGAAUGGGAAGUUUUGUAAGGACCCAAAACAUGUCGUUGCACAGGACUUCUUCUUUUCAGGAUUUGACAAGCCAGGAAAUACAUCCAAUGCACUUGGAUCAGCUGUCACUCCAGCAUCCGUUGAACAACUUCUAGGGCUUAACACUCUAGGUGUAUCCCUUGCUCGUGUUGACUAUGCUCCUAAAGGUGGUCUUAAUCCACCCCACACCCAUCCUCGCGGAACGGAGAUUCUACUAGUCCAGGAAGGCACACUAUAUGUUGGCUUUGUCUCAUCCGAUUCGGAUGGAAACCGUUUCUUCACAAAAGUGCUGAACAAGGGAGAUAUUUUUGUUUUCCCUAUUGGUAUGAUUCACUUCCAGCUCAAUAUAGGGGAAACUCCUGCUGUUGCUAUUGCUGCUUUUAGUAGCCAGAAUCCAGGCACAAUCGUAAUCGCAAAUGCUGUUUUCGGAUCCAAUCCACGUAUUAAUCCUGAUGUUCUUACUAAGGCUUUCAUGCUGGACAAGAAUGUCAUCAAGUACCUCCAGUCUCAUUUCUAAUGGAAAUAAUAUAGAAAAGACCUGAGCUAGUCAUGUUUUAAUAGUUGCGGGUCUGGAUUGGGUUUGAGUGUUAUACCUCUAUUUGAUCAUUGCUUCCAUGUGAUAUACUUGCCAACAUAAUAAAGAGGUUGCUUAUUG